AUGGAGGCCAAUACCAUGAUCCCUGGUUUUUCAAUCGCAUCAGAGUGGAUAAAGAAUAUCUUCUCCCGCACAAUAAGAUCAUCAAACUGUGUUCCUAAGCAUGUCGGAUUUGUGAUGGACGGUAACAGACGGUAUGCCCGGAAGAAUGAUAUUGAAAUAAAAGAAGGUCAUGAAGCAGGAUUUUUGAGCAUGAGCCAAGUUCUAGAGCUAUGCUAUGAGGCGGGCGUGAAUACGGCAACUGUUUUUGCAUUUUCAAUUGAGAACUUCAAAAGAAGUCCAUCAGAAGUGGAUCAUUUGAUGAGAUUAGCGCGUGAAAAGAUUCGACAGAUAGCUGAGCAUGGUGAGUUAGCCGAGAGAUACGGGGUACGAGUUAAGGUAAUUGGAGAUCUAACGCGACUUCCCAAGAGCGUUUAUGAAGAUGUGAUAGAAACGACUGAAAUGACAAAGAAUAAUACAAGAGCAACUUUAAACAUUUGCUUUCCUUACACCAGCAGAGAAGAGAUGCUUCACUCAAUCAGAACUCUUGUUGAAGGAGACAUUAAAAGUGACGAUAUAAACGAGGCAAGCCUUGAAAAAAAUCUAUAUACUGGCGGAGAUCCGCCGCUCGAGUUGCUUGUGAGGACGAGUGGUGUUACGAGACUUAGCGAUUUCCUUCUGUGGCAAGUGAGUCAGAAAGGCGUGGUGAUCGAGCUAUUUGAUUGCCUAUGGCCUGAAUUCGGCCCUUUACGAAUGGCAUGGGUACUACUGAAGUUCGCUUUCAGGAAAUCGUUCUCUGAUAAAGAGCAUCAGCUGGAGGAUGACGAUGGGCCUCUCGAAAGCCAAGAUGAUGCUCUCAACAAAAAGACUCUGUAG